AUGUCUCAGGCAUUUUCUCGAGAUCGAUUGUACCAAAUAUUCCAACAGCUUGAUGUAGACAGAAGCGGGUCUCUAUCAGCGUCAGAAAUUCAGAAAGCUCUUUCUAAUGGGACGUGGAAUCCAUUUAAUAUAAUGACUGUGCAAGCAAUGAUAGAUCUUUUUAGUACAAAUCAUUCCAUGGAGAUUAAUUUCGACGAAUUCCUUCGACUUUGGGCAUUUGUCGAAAACUGGCAGCGAUAUUUCAAAGCCGUUGAUCGUGAUAAUUCCGGAUGCAUUGAUAUUGGUGAAUUGCAGGCAGCAAUAACACAGGCGGGGUACAGACUUAGUUACGGGAUGUUUAAGCUGAUGAUGUGCCGAUUUGAUCGACAAAAGAAGGGCGUAAUAUACUUUGAUGACUUCGUUCAUAUGUGUAUUGUGCUACAAAAACUCACCGAACAGUUCCGUAAUUUGGACACCGAUCGCGAUGGCUACAUCACGAUAGGCUAUGAAGACUUCCUCGUGCGCAUCUUUACGGUGUUUACGUAA